UCGGUCCUGUCCUCCAUCCCAACUGAGCCGCACAGAUCUUGUACUGUGGAUACUGGAGAACGAGAAGACUUGACUGUUCUAGGCAAGGCUUCUAUAAUUUCUGUAUUGUCUCGGUUAGAUUAUUUUAUAGCCCGGGCAACUGCAAGCAGGCUGUCAGGGGGCAUCCACUGGAAAACAUACGAGGCGCACUCAGCCUCCCGGGCAAACGUCGCCGGGCGAAGGAUGUCUUUAUGACUGCCAUGUCUCGCACCGACGUAACCGCAGUAAAAAUGACUCUCAACAAAUAUUGCUGCAUGAGUUGAUACAAUGUCGCUGCUGCCAUCUGUUCGGUUGCACCUCAACCCCUGGAGGAACUAUGAGAACUUCCAGCACCACACGCUGGCCCAGCGCCAUGAGUACAUGAUCGGCCGGCUGGAGAAUGCCAAACGGCGAGAAUGGAUGUGGGUUGUGAUUGUAGCAGGCAUUGGGUUCUUCACAGAUGCCUACGCAAUCUUCUCAGUCAACAUGGUCAACCCCAUGAUUGGGAUUGUCUAUUAUAAUGACCGGAAUAACUUGCCGAAAAGCUACGGGGUGGCCAUGAGUAUUGCCACUCUUGGCGGUGCUCUGGUCGGCCAGGUUGUCUUUGGCAUUGCCGCUGAUAUCUGGGGUCGACGCAAGAUGUACGGGCUGGAAUUGGUUGUCCUGAUCUUUACAACUCUGGGCGUGGCAUUUGCGUCUCAAGGCGCCGAAAAGUCCAUGAAUAUUAUGGGCUUGCUGAUCUUCUGGCGCUUCUUCAUGGGCUUUGGGCUUGGUGGUGACUACCCAUUGUCGGCGGUUAUCUGCGCCGAGUUUGCUCCCACUCGUAUUCGAGGCCGGAUGCUCGCAGCUGUCUUCUUCUGCCAGUCUCUCGGCCAGCUGGCAGCCAACCUUGUCGCGCUGAUUGCCGUCGCCGGCUUCCAUCACCGGCUCAAAGCUGAUGCCAGCAAUAAUCACCUCUGCGACCUGGGAGACCCGCUCAAGGAUUCCGACUGUAUUCGAGGCAUUGACUCCAUGUGGCGCCUCAUUAUUGGCCUUGGUGCUGUCCCGGCAUUUAUCGCCCUGUGGUUCCGACUCACAAUCAUCGAGUCCCCGCGAUACACGGCAGAGGUCACCCAGAACAGUUUGCAGGCUGCAGCAGAUGUGUCAUACUUCUUUAAAUCCGACGAGGCUCUGCCUGUGCCUCAGAUGCGACAAGUUCGCGAGCCUGUCGAUACCGACCUGUCCCCGGCCACCUCAAGGCCAGACUCAUUCCAAACCAGUGUCAACACGAGCCACUCUUCUGCCCCAGAAGUUGAGAUCGCAGGUCCGGUCAAUUUAGGCACGUUCUGGCGAGCCUUCAAACUGUUCGCCUCCAAGCCCAAGCCCUUCCGGAUCCUCUUCGCAACCUGCUUCUGCUGGUUCUGUCUGGACCUCCCAUUCUACGGGCUCGGGCUGAUCAGUCCCAAAGUCAUCAACAAGAUCUGGGAUGGUAGAUCAGAUACCGAGCCGCCAGGUGUUGCGGACUUUCUCUUCCAAAAUUCGUACAAGAGCAUGGUUGUCGUUUCCAUCGGCGCUGUGGUGGGCAACCUCCUGGCCAUUUUCACGAUUGACCGUCUAGGACGCCGCAACAUCCAGCUGAAUGGCUUCUUUUGGCUUUUUAUCCUGAAUAUCGUUAUCGGUGCUACUUUUCGCCCGCUUGCGCUAACGGAUCAUCCGAAUGCUUUGAUUGUGCUGUAUAUCCUGUCCCAGAUCUUCUUCAACUUCGGCCCGAACACAACAACAUACAUCAUGCCAGCUGAGCUCUUUCCCACUCGCUUCCGGUGCACCUGUCACGGUCUCGCCGCCGCCUCAGGCAAACUCGGCUCGGUCAUAGCUCAGUGCUUCAUCAGCUUCGUCGACUUCGGGAAAGGCUCAAGUGACAAGAGCGCUGAGCCAGAGAACUGGCUUGGAUAUGCACUUCUGUGCCUCUCCGCAUUCAUGCUCCUCGGUCUCCUUAUCACGUACUUCUUUAUUCCAGAUGUCAAGGAUGAGAACCGUAAGAUUAAAUCUUUGGAGCGACUGGCGGAGGAUUUGUUGUCGGAUACGCCUGAGGUUGGGGAUGCUGACGGGAGGGUGUUCGCUAAUGGGAAUGCGUGAC